AUGAAACCCGCGCGAAGGCGUUUGGCCAAAAGAAUAACCAGGUUUUACAAAAAUGUAAGCGGAAAUGCCCCCCUUUUCGCCACCAAUUUGCUGCUUUACCACUUCGACCGCGACUUGAUAGUCACCCUUGUGCAGACAUAUAAGAGGCUACUGAAGAAGCAAGAACAGGAGAAGACACAAUUUCAUGAGGAGUACUUGCUACUUUUUAAUUAUAUAAUUUUUUCCCACGUGAAUUUUGUCCUCUCUGAGUUGAGCCAAAAUAGUAACCCCCACUUUGACAUCGCCUAUGAUUUGAGCGAAUGCACAAGUGGGACCACUCCCCUUUUAAGGGCAAGGAGGUUAUUAACAAGAAGGGGGAAAUGCAGGGCAUCCAAGUUGAGAAGGCUACUCAUUAGGAAGGGUACACAUGGCCGUCUGGGUGACGUAGCGGUGGGAACUCCUCAUUCAUGUAGGCAGGGAGAACAAAAUGAAACUUCCUAUGAAGGUUACCAAGCAGGGGAAGGCACGGAUAAACAAAGAAUUCAGGAACAACUGCACAAGGAAAAGAAGCCACAUGAAUGGAAUAGGAACAUCUCUGAUGAAGCCUCUCAAAAGAGGGUCAAUCAUUGGGGAAGCAAAUCAUUGGGGUGUCGCGGUGGGACCUAUGGAAGGGUCCACAUUAGCGACAAGGGUGAAACCAGCUGCAGCGCUCAGUACAUUACGAACACGUGUCUGCACAAUUGCGCCUCGAGACGAUUCCCAUUCUGCGCUUCCAUCGAGUGCUCUGAGGCGGGUGAAAGUCAGUUCGUUGAGCAGCUCAGACGAUUAUAUGCACACGUGCACUACUGGAGGUGUCUCAUGCAGCUAAACGUGAGAUGCAGGCGUAGCUGGAGAGUAAGCAAAUUGGCAAGUGAAGAAAAAAACAUCUAUGAAGCAAUCUACAAAAAUGUAUACUGCUUAUUCAAACGUAUGAACCGAAUGCAUUCUGAAAAUAUUCAAAUGAUAGAGACAAAAAAGCACCAGCUGUCCAUAACGCAUAACUUCGAAAUGGAGGAUCUUAUAAGUGCCAGUAAGGUCACCACAGUGGAUAAUUCCGACAGCACGAAGCAGAUUAAUGACCUCGUCUUUAAGCAUAUAGCUGAGAAGGAGGCUCUCUGUAGGCACGCGGAGCACGAGGUGAAGGUGAUGCAGCUUGUCCACUUGAAAGAGUACAAGGAGCAUAUCUUUUACAUCUUUAACAUCAUACAGAGGGAGCGGAACGUGCUGUCUUUGCCUCCUCUGCCGGUAGACGAACUGGAGGAAGUAGAUGCAGGCGUGGUUGACAGUUCAAUACGGGUUCAGCCCAAUGGGUUCUGUCCCUCCACGGAGAAAAAGGGACGACACAUCUAUUUUUCCUGUAUAGUAAAAUAUUUCCACCUCUUCUACUUGUAUAAGCUGAUUAAAAGUAAUGUAAAUCUAAUUAGCUACCUUCACAUGUACGUUAAACACUCCGUGUGCGAUACGCUGGCAGUUUCCGUAAUCUUCAGCCUCGGCGAAGUGGAAGACCUUUUUCAACGCCAUAGCAGGAAUAAUGAGGAGUUUAAGGGACGCCUCUAUGGGCUGCUAAGUCAGAUGCGCCGCGACCAUUAUGAGUGCACGGUUGGGGGGAAAAGCGCAGCAGAGAAGUGUGUAGACCAUUGUUCCGACCACUGUUCUUACCACUGCGCCGACCGCUGCCCCCACCAGGAAACGAAUCAAAUAGCCAAAUGUGGUUCACGUGAAGCCCCCCCACUGAAGGAGGCGGACAGAACGAAUGGCACCCCGGCGUGGACUUCCGCCGAGUCCAAGUACUUCGACGCCAAGGGGCAGUUUAGGAGCAAACUGGGAGCCUCGGCGGAAGAGACAGCCCCCUUCAACAAAAGCUACGACAGUACGUACAGGUACUUCCAAGAUGACUCCAUCCCGUUUAUGCUACAACAUAAUGCUUGUUUUGAGGAGGAGUCUCAUAGACAUCUGAGCAAAAUAAGUCUAAGGGAGAAGCCGCUUAAUGGCCUCGUCCUCUACUUGGGUGAAGAUACCAACAAAUUUUGCAAAGAAAAUGUGUACCAAAGUAUGUUAAACAUCAGCAUGAAUAAGACGGAUUUUGUUUUUCCCACGUUGAAGGAGCAGCUGGGGAUGUUCCAGCAGUUUGUGAGUGGCAAGGGGGAAGUUGUGAGUGGCCAAGGACAACCCCAAAGCGGGGGAGAAACUGUACGGAGGUCCUCACGUGUGAUGCCAACCCAGCUGCGAUGUGGAAAUAUCAUCAUAACGAGACACACGAAUUUGAAAAUCGGAAUGGGGAGAGGUACCUCUAAAGGAGAGAAAAAGGAAAACGUUAAAAGGGGGGAACCAAAUGGAGAGGAAAAAAAACACAAAGGAUCAACCAAUGAUAAGACAAGGAUUAAAAGUCACGCAAAUGAUUUGUUCAGUUUGGAAACAAUUAACAAGAGUAACAUCCACUCGUCCAUCAUGCCAAUAUACGAGCAGCUCAAAAAAAAUAGCCACUAUUUUAUGCAUAAGGAGGGGAGAGAAGGAAAGUCGGUCCCCUCGGAUUUGAAGGAAAACACAGCGUGCAAAAUUUUGGACCUGUGUAGAGACUAUCACGUCUCCUCGCUGACGUGCCCCCUGCCCUACGUGCACAACGUCGUUUAUAAGAAUAAGCGCCCCGUUGUGUAUGCCUUUAUGUACUCCCUCCUGUUUAGCCUUCUGAAUUAUAUCAAAUGCACGCAGUCAUCUGCGAAGCAGGUGCAUGUGCUGCAUUUUGUCUUCCCCAAUUUGGCGUUUCGCGAGGGGGGCACAACGGCGGAGGGGAGAGUGGUGAGGCAAGCGAUGGGCGGAGUAGCGGUGGAUACCUCGGUGGAGAAGAAUAAGACGAAGAACACGACCCCCAUUGAGGGCUCCGCAGUGCAUCGAAGUGACCAAUUGGACAGACUUCCCGAGGAGCGCAUGUCAAGCAUGGCCUCCUUCAUUCAUCGUGUUGUCACCGACAUGCGGGGGAAGUACACCCUGGUUGAGAGCCUCUAA